AUGUUAUCACCGGAGGAUAACAGUGAAUUUGAUCAAGAAAAUAUCGAUGAUUUCAAUGACGAUACAUUCGGCUCUGGAGCAGUUGUUGAUGACUGGGAAAGCGCCCAUCAGCAGUUGUCUGGACUAUGUCACAAAGUGGAUGAGAGCAGUGGAACAGCAGCAACAACGCAAGUCAAUGGCAAUCAGGGAUUGAAACUCUAUCAGCAUAGUGGCAAUCGCUCUGUUGACAACGAUGAUAAUUUGCAAGGAGGUUACAGCCCUUUUAGUCCAACUAUUUGGAGUAGCUUUGACAGUAAGUUACCAUCAUGGAAUAAUGAUAACUUGCGUGAACAAAACAAUCUAGCAACCUUAUCGGGCGAUAGUAUUAUCAAAAGUAUUUCUCAAAAGCCACCAGAUUGGCAUGAUAAGUCUAAACAGAAGCUAACUGUUGAAGAAUUAGAAAAAGAAAUUUUAAAACAGCGUCAUGAUCAUGAAACCGUAAGUGAUAGUGGUAUGGGUAACCUAAAUAGACUUUUACAAAAUGCCAAAAUUUUACCUACAACACCGCCAUUCCCAGCUAGACCGAGUACUCUCCCUCAACACGAUACUGCACCACCAUCGUCACAAUUUUUACAGAUCGGCUUUACUCUAUUACAGGGGCAGCCCUUGGGUAUACGAAACGUUCCUCCUCGCUUUGAAAUACCUAAUUUCCCGAUUCCUGUUAAUAGACCUCCUUAUCAACGUUUUCCUCAUCGUGCAAAAGCUUUCACCGCGUUCGAUAACAUAGAUUUAAGUGGAAUUGGAGAGAGACUUGGCAUCUUAAAGCAUGACGAAAGUAACUCUCCUGAUAGCCUGAUGACUAGAAAGGAAAAAGAAUGGCUUCUCAAAAUUCAGUUGUUGCAGUUAAAUAACCAGGAUCCAUAUGUUGACGACUACUACUUUCAGAUGUACGAAUUAAAGAAAUUAGCAAAACGCCUUGGUGUACCAAUAACGGAUGAUUACAAAGCACUACUUGAGCUUUCUAAUCAACCUGAUACUGUUUCUAAAUUGCAAUCCAAAGACGUUGAUCAACAUAAUCAUGAAAUGAACGUAACAGCGAACUUAGUUAAGCCUUCGACACUUGAUAUCAAAGCUAGAAAGCAUGAUCCUGUUUCUUUCGAGAAUACUCUUGGUAAAGUACCUGUCUACUCGUUAACAAAUCCGCGGAAAGUCAUUGAUGCUGUACAGAAAGUAUUUGAUAGUGACGAAGUUAAAUCCAGCACACCAUCAAGAGAAGCCUUCAGGAAAAGACGUAUCACACUACAUUCUGUAGAGAAGAUUUAUUCUCUAUUAUUGACAUUGGAUGAUUUCGAUCGAGAGGCUUUAUGCACUGACGAUGAAAGUGUUAAGAAGGAAAUUGAUAUGAAGAAAGAUAUUACUAUUAAUGAAAUGUUUGAGAUAUUAAAACUGAAAACAACUACUGGUGCACCUGAAAAGAACGAUGACGAUAUUCUAGUUCAAAUCUUGAUGAUUCAAAAGGGAAAAACGUUAAUAAGUCGAUUGCUACGUUUCCUAAACCAGGAUCAAGCUUUUGCAAUUGUGGGCACUAUAUCCCAAAAUUUACCUAUAAUAAUUAAGAAGGACCAAACUGACAAGGUAUUAAUGGUAAUGAAAGAUGCGAUUCAGAAAGUAAUUGUUGAAAUGGCGUUGGCAAAUUGCAUAAUUUGCGCUCAGAAUUUAUUGCACGGGCCUAUAAAUAGCCAAAUAAGGCCUGGACAAAGCAAAGUUAACCCGGUAGCUAUUGCAUAUAAAAAUGAGUUUGGGCUAAUAUUCCUCAGAUUAUUGGUGCAACGAGGUAAUGGCUGUAUAUCAAAUGGUGAAGAAGAUGAAUCUCUUCAUUUAAAGUGGCAUGAUAUUGUUAAGUCUAUUUGUAAUAAUUUGGAAAGUAUAAUAGCAGCUGAAGCUGUGACUAAAGACCGUUUAGCAUUACUUGAUGACAUUAUUAAGUAUUGCGAUGAAGAAUCGUGCAGUAAAUUUAUAUCUCUUGUAAAGUAUUCAGCCUCUGUCGUCGAUCGUAUGAUAUUAGAAAGUAAUAACAGUCUUGUUUAUGGACUUCGUUUCAGCCGUGAUUAG